UAGUUUAGGUCUCUUCUUUUUCCAAGUUACACUAUGAGUAAACCAAAUUAAAUGGGAAAACGAAAUAAUAGACAAUUGAAUAAAAUUUAUAGUAGACCCUUGCCAAUUACUUUAACUUCUCAACACUAUGGUAUAACAUUACCUACUUUAUAUCCUCAUAAUCCAAUUUCUUGGAUAUGGUUUAUGAUACGAUAUUGUCAAAUAAACGUAUUCUAUCCAGUUCCAGAAUCUCAAACCUUUGAAGUUCAUUGGGAAAAUGGGAUAUUUAAGGUUGUUGAUGAAGAAAGUAUGAUGAAACUUUGGCAGAUGGGAUUUUUCGGAAAAGGAGUGCUUUCUCGAUCUGAACCUACUUGGAAGGAAAGAGUACUUGCUAGGAAGAAAGAAAAUGUAGAGGCGAAGGAUGUAGCAAUGGAAGAUAUCACCAAGAUGAGAAGAGAAGAACGGAAACUUUUCAAAUCCUCCAGAGCCCAAUUGCAAGAGUUGGAGUUGAAAGACCGUCAAGGCAUUAUCACCGCUGAGGAAGUUGAGCAGUUGAAAGCUUUGAGCGAGACUGUUCAAGUAUUGAGAAAGAAAGGACGCGUUUCGGGACGAAGCAAGUCGUCCAUUGUCGAGCGGGACUCAGAUGGAGAAGAUACAGACUCAGAAGAGGAGGAAGAUUGGGAAGAACUAGCACAAUUGGAGUAUUUACAAUUGCAGUUAGUGGAAACCUUCUUUUUAAAAUUUGCUUUGAAUGUUAUCAAUAUCCCAGGUAUAGCCUCAACUUUUGACUUAUUCAAAACCUGUUGUUAUCAAUACGACAAUAACCAACUGAUUCAACCUAAUAACAAAUUCAUUAUUGAUUAUGUUGUUUAUCACCAUUUCAGAUCGUUAGGAUGGUGUGUUAGAUCAGGGAUUAAGUUUGGUACUGAUUUCUUGUUGUACAAGCGUGGUCCUCCAUUCACGCAUGCUGAAUAUUGUGUGUUGGUGAUGAAACCAGACGAGCAAGAAUAUGAUUGGUUUCAAAUGGCAGCUAAAGCCAGAGUUAUUGGUACAGUGAAAAAGAUUUUUGUAUUGACUUAUGUUGGAUGCCCUUCACCCGAGGAGUUCAAGGAAUUGGUUAGCCAAUGUGAAAAAGAUGACACUGGGUUAGCCAUUGGGGAUCUAUUACAACAGUACAAAGUAUCAGAGAUAUUAUAUAGAAGAUGGGCCCCUAGCAGGACUAGAGAUUAGCCAUGAAUAGUUUGUUUAUAUUCGCAACUUAUAAUUGGUCAAGGCGCACGACCACUCAUCGAAUCAUCAUGAAAACGUAGCAGAAAAAAAAUUUAUUUAAAUAUUUGAGAAUUUUCCCAAUUCAAAAAUUUGGGAUUCUUUUUCAAUUUCAGUUUUUUGAUAAUUAUUUACGUGAAUGUCAGAAAUAUAGAUUUUGCGACACAAAACCAAAAAAGUUUACGACACUGACUUUAGCCACAAACAAAACGACAGCAAUUAUAACACGACAUAGUAAAUAACACACAAAACCAACGAAACAUGUCUAACUUACUGCAGUUGAUAAAUCACGACGACGAUGAUAAAGAUUAUAAUUACACACCAAAUACAGCAACCCCAUCAACUACCACCACCACACCAGAAAACACCAAUGCCACCACUGCCGAAAGCAACACUGAAGACAUACCAGAAACAGUCUCUCAAGAAAAGAUACUAGAAAGCUUUGAAAAGAUAAAAACACACUUUCCAGCCGCUAGAAUUAAGAAGAUUAUGCAAAGUGAUGAGGAUAUUGGGAAAGUCGCCCAGGCCACACCAGUUAUUAUUGGCCGAGCUUUGGAAAUCUUUAUGGCUAAUUUAGUAGAAGUAUCUAUAUUAGAGGCCAAGAAACAGGGCGUUAAAAGGAUAAGCGCAUCCCAUGUCAGAGCUGCUAUAGAGAACACUGAGCAAUUUGAUUUCUUGGUGGAAGCAGUUGAAAAGUAUCCACCUUUGAAGAAGUUGGACUAAGGUGUAUAGAUAAUGAAAUAAUGAGUAGUGGUCUGUAAUUGUAAAUUAGAAUGAUGUCGAGGGUUAAGAGUGUUUGACCGUUUUAUCGUACUGAUCAAAAACUGUAGUUGCCAAAUACGGUAGUUAUUCCAGAUAAAAAACUUUACUAAAU